UAUUUUCUGUUAUAAGAAUUGAGUUGAACUUCAAGCCUUUCACUUUCUGAACAUGUCGACGAUUUCCGAGUUUGGCAGUCGAAGCUAAUGAAUUUCUUGGCAUGUAUGAUUGAAUCUUGUUUUUUUUUUUUGUUCUUUCUUUCGUUGUUGUUUGAAAAAAAUGUUUUCUACAAUUUGUGGGUGUGUUUCGUCAAUUCUAAAAUACGCGUCACUGCUAGCGUAUCUGAUCAAAAGUUCUUUUCCUCGGAAACACGUCACCAGUAAUAUAGAUUUUUCUUUUCUUUUUUUUUUCUGUGCUUUUUGGUUAGCUUAUUAACAUAAGGAAUUUCUCUUCGGUUUUCUAUUAUUUAAUGAUGUCUCAGUUGGGAAACUUAAUUGGUUACUAGUGUAUGAUAACUUAAAGCGUGUUUGAAAUAAUGAAUAAAUGUUGGGUGGUUUGUUUAGGAUCCUUAACUGAUAUAAUUCAGAUUCUGAAAAUUAAUCCAACCCAUAACUUUGAAGAAAUCCUACUUCCACAAGAACUGUGUUACCUCAAAACAACUCCGAACAGUUUCUGGCAAACAAUCGAGUAAUCUGCGAAAUUUAACUGCUAAGCUCUGUGUCUCUGAAUGACCAUCGAGUGACCCAGUGUGGUUGGGAGGAACCUUUGCAAUCAAAGAGAUUGAGUACUUGUUAUUCUCGGCGUGGUUUCAAGUUCUUUCUAGAUGCAAACGUCUCAGAAGCACCCAGGUUCGGGUGGUGUACACUUCUAUCACCACCAGCCGGUGAAAGGCAUUUACCAAGUGUUGCAGAGCGAUAGCAGCAGCCAGGGAACAAGCGUUUCUUUUGAAAGCUGCAAGGAGCAAUACUUCACUCUGGAAUCAUGCCCCGCACCCACCACAGGUUUCAUGGAGUGUGAUGAUUCUCCUUCCUAUGCCAGUGUAUCAUCUAAAAGUAGUCCAUUUUCACCACAAGGUUCUCAUUCAUGCGGUUCAGAUCACCACCAAUCCUCUGACAACACCUACGGAUCGCCGAUAAGCGGUUUGUCCAGCGUUGACGAUGGGCAUGAACUGAAGCACAAACUUAGAGAACUGGAGAUUUCAUUGUUGGGGCCCGACGAAUCCGACAUCGAAGACAGUUUUGGCUGCUGCGUCAGGGGUAGCAGUAGCAGACUCGACGGAGCAUCUAAACAAAACUGGGAGCAGAUUGCUGAAAAUAUUCCACGAUUCGACCUGAAAGGAGUUCUCAGGGUAUGUGCACAGGCGGUGUCUGACGAUGAUGUUGGAACAGCAAGAGGGUGGAUGGAUAACGUAUUGGGGAAAAUGGUAUCAGUCUCUGGAGAUCCGAUUCAGAGAUUGGGUGCUUACUUGCUGGAGGGGCUUAGAGCGAGGUUGGAAUCAUCAGGGAAUCUCAUCUACAAAUCCUUGAAGUGCGAACAACCAACAAGCAAAGAAUUGAUGAGUUACAUGCACAUUUUGUACCAGAUUUGCCCAUACUGGAGGUUUGCAUACAUAUCUGCAAAUGCUGUCAUUACAGAAGCCAUGGCUAACGAGUCCAGGAUUCAUAUAAUAGAUUUCCAAGUAGCGCAGGGCACACAGUGGUAUUUACUCAUCCAGGCUCUUGCACAAAGACCUGGGGGACCCCCUUCCCUUCGCGUGACCGGUGUUGAUGAUUCGCAGUCGUUUCAUGCUCGAGGUGGAGGGCUUGAGAUUGUAGGAGAAAGGUUGUCAGAAUUUGCGAGGUCUUGUGGAGUUCCGUUUGAAUUUCACAGUGCUGCUAUGUCUGGGUGUGAGGUUGUGCGAGGGAGUGUUGAAAUUCGACCCGGGGAAGCCCUGGCUGUAAAUUUUCCUUUCGUUUUGCACCACAUGGCAGAUGAGAGUGUGAGCACCGAGAAUCACAGAGACAGAUUGUUGAGGUUGGUGAAGAGCUUGUCUCCCAAGGUUGUCACCCUUGUCGAGCAAGAAUCCAACACCAACACAUCUCCUUUCUUUUACAGGUUUGUUGAGACGCUGGAUUACUACACUGCCAUGUUUGAAUCCAUAGAUGUGGCUUGCCCCAGAGACGAUCAGAAGCGCAUCAGCGCAGAGCAGCAUUGUUUGGCGCGAGACAUCGUCAACAUGAUAGCUUGUGAAGGGUCUGAGAGAGUGGAAAGGCAUGAACUUUUGGGAAAGUGGAGGUCAAGACUUUCCAUGGCAGGAUUUAAACAGUGCCAAUUGAGCUCUUCUGUCAUGGUUGCUACCCAGAAUCUCCUAAACGAAUUCAGUCAAAAUUAUAGGCUUGAACAUAAAGAUGAUGCCCUUUAUCUUGGUUGGAUGAACAGACACAUGGCUACCUCUUCUGCUUGGAGAUGAAACUGAGUGAUUAGCACCUUUCCCUCCUUUUUGACCUUUAACUGAGUGUAAUUUAUCAUAUAGUUUCUCCUCAGGAAAAUGUGAUUUACCUCUGUUCUAUGUACUGCAUUCUGCAGAAUCAGAAUCAGAAUCUCAAAGCACGUUGUAAAUGCCAAUACUGAAAUGAAAGAACCAAAAAAAUGUCUGCUAUGACUUUAGUGUAGUUUUCCUUGCCUCUUCCGCGGGUUUUAGUGUUAUUUAACUAAUGUCAAAUGAACUAUCUUGUAAUAAGUUGCAGCUCAAGGUUUUGCUCCAUAAUUUUUGAGACAUAAUUGUUA